UGGUCGCUGCCCCCCAGCACGGCCCGCGCUUCCUUCUCCAGUUCCUCGUUCUCCGCCAGCACCUCCGCCAGGGACACCACGGGUUCCUCCGCGCCGCUCCCCGGCUCGGCACCCUCCGGAGCCGCCGCCUCCAUCGCCGGGCCGCGAAGGCCGAGGAGCGCGAAGCGAGGCGGGAAACACGGGGCCAAGGAGGCGCCAGGGGGCGCCACGGCGGAAGCGGAAUCGCGCGCGCCCCACGUGACCGUGGGCGGUGUGUCACUGAGGGGCGGGGCGGCCCGCGCGGCCAGCACGUGACCGGCGGGGCGGGCACGUGAGUGGCGGGCGGUGAUGGCCGACUUGGCGGCGGAGGCGGAUGCGGGCCUGGGGCGGGAUUUGGUGGCGGAGCUGCGGGGCCGCGACGGGCGGACACGGACGGUGCGGGUGCCGUACUCGGCGGCGGAGGAGGGCGAGGCCGCCCAGCUGCGCGGGCUCCGGGGCGCCCUGAGCGAGCUGCAGGAGCGGGUGGUGGAGCUGCUGGCGCCGCUGGUGCAGGAGGAGCGGGCGGCGGCGGACGGCGCGCGGCGCGGUGGUGGCGGGGAUGACGACGACUACGAUGACGACGAGGAGGAUGAAGGCGAAGACGAAAACAACGUGGACGCGGCGGCGAGCGCCGAUGACCCUCCCCUGAAACGGACGAAGGUGCAGCAGCCGUGAGGGCGGCGCUGGAGGCCGGGUGUGCGCCUAGACAGUCCCGUUCGGCUGUACCGACUGUAAGUGUCCCGGGCCCGCUGCACGGGCCGGCUCCUGCCGCGCUGCUGCUCCUGUUUAAAUGCGGAAUGUCCAUCCCGACACUGUUUUAAUACGGAAGCCUUUCCGAAAGGAUGCGCCUGGGUGUGAGCAGCGUGUUGCUUACGGGGUGCCAGUGUGAUGCUGACGCCAGUUUUUUGGUUAACUAGUUGACAAGUAUAAAAGUUUUCUCACAAAUCUUCUGAUUGGUAUGUUUUUUAAUAACUUAUUCCGAGUCACAGUAUUUCUUCAUUCAUGUGACACAACGUUUAAAAUAAAGCAAUAAAACCUGAAAAGAGU